AUGAGUGGCAGCGGAAUAACGUCGACAGUAUUCAAGAAGCCGGAGCCGACAGCAUUGCGUGAUGCUAUCCGAGGCCAUAGGUCGCUACUCGAAGAAGGAAAGAUUCUUCAUCGGGAUAUCUCCGAAAAUAAUAUCAUUAUCACCGAAUUCCCUGCCAAAGAAGAGCCGAAAGGAAGACUAAUUGACUUGGACUUGGCAAAGGAGCUGGACAGCAUACCGAGUGGGGCUCGCAAAGGUCACACAUAUCGGCACGACCUCGAGUCUUUUUUUUACGUCCUUAUAUGGAUGUGCAUUCGAUAUGGCUACGAAGGUGUGGUCAGGCAAAAGCUCAAUAGGCUAUUAAGACCAAAGACAAAUAUACUGCGAGGUUGGUAUACUGGGAUAUAUACAGAAAUUGCCAAUACAAAGCAGGGCUAUAUGGGAAAAAAUCGAUUUGAGAACAUCAUCGCAGAGUUUGCACCGAAGUUCGAGAAUCUCAAGUCAUUAGCUCGCGAGAUUCGAUCCACUCUCUUCCCAAUUAGAGAUGGAGAUAUCUUUACAGGCACAUUCCACGAGCACGAUAUAAUGUACAAUGGGAUGAUCACAGCAUUUGACAGGGCAAUAGACCAUCUGGGAAAAGAGGAGCAGGUAGAUGCAUAA